CAUCCUCGAGCCUGGGGUGGAAGCACGUGCUGGGGGCGGGAGCAGCGAUCGCAGCUAUGGCGUCGUUAUUUUGGGGAGGCGACGCAGGGGCGGCGGAGAGCGAGCGGCUGAACAGCCACUUUUCAAAUCUCAUCCACCCCCGGAAGAACCUUCGGGGUAUUAAAAGUACCGCAGUCCCAAAUAUAGAUGGGUCUCUUAACAUCGAAGAAGAUGAUGAAGAUGAUGUAGUGGAUUUGGCAACUAAUUCACUCUUGAACAAGUUAAUCCGUCAGUCCUUAGUAGAAUCCAGUCACCGAGUUGAAGUCUUGCAAAAGGAUCCCAGCUCUCCACUCUACUCAGUAAAAACAUUUGAAGAGUUGAGGCUAAAGGAAGAAUUACUAAAAGGAAUCUAUGCAAUGGGAUUUAACAGGCCAUCCAAAAUCCAAGAGAUGGCUCUUCCUAUGAUGCUGGCACAUCCUCCCCAGAAUCUCAUAGCACAGAGCCAGUCUGGAACAGGAAAAACAGCUGCCUUUGUCUUGGCAAUGUUAAGCAGAGUGAAUGCCUUGGAAUUGUUCCCACAGUGCCUCUGCCUGGCUCCUACCUAUGAAUUGGCUCUGCAGACUGGCCGUGUGGUUGAGCGGAUGGGAAAAUUCUGUGUGGAUGUUGAAGUGAUGUAUGCCAUUCGAGGGAAUCGAAUUCCCAGAGGCACCGAAGUCACCAAACAGAUUAUAAUUGGCACUCCUGGGACUGUCCUUGAUUGGUGUUUUAAGCGAAAAUUGAUUGAUUUGACUAAGAUUCGUGUGUUUGUCCUGGAUGAAGCAGAUGUGAUGAUUGACACCCAGGGAUUCUCAGAUCAGAGCAUUCGUAUUCAAAGAGCUUUGCCCUCCGAAUGCCAGAUGCUCCUGUUCUCUGCAACAUUUGAGGACUCUGUGUGGCAGUUUGCUGAGCGAAUCAUUCCUGACCCUAAUGUCAUCAAGUUGCGCAAAGAGGAGCUGACCCUGAACAACAUCCGACAGUAUUACGUAUUGUGUGAGGACAGGAAAGACAAAUAUCAAGCUCUGUGCAACAUUUAUGGUGGCAUCACCAUUGGCCAGGCCAUUAUCUUCUGCCAGACACGUCGAAACGCCAAGUGGUUGACCGUGGAGAUGAUGCAGGAUGGCCACCAGGUGUCGUUAUUAAGUGGGGAGCUGACAGUGGAACAGAGAGCUUCCAUCAUUCAGAGGUUUCGGGAUGGGAAAGAGAAGGUUCUUAUAACGACCAAUGUUUGCGCUCGAGGGAUUGAUGUGAAGCAGGUCACGAUUGUUGUGAACUUUGAUCUCCCUGUAAACCAAGCAGAAGAGCCGGACUAUGAGACCUACCUCCACCGCAUAGGGCGGACAGGACGCUUUGGGAAAAAAGGCCUUGCCUUCAACAUGAUUGAAGUGGACAAGCUACCCCUGCUCAUGAAAAUUCAGGACCAUUUUAACAGCAGUAUUAAGCAGCUCGACCCUGAAGACAUGGAUGAGAUUGAAAAGAUUGAAUAUUGAAGAAAGAACUGUUGUUUGUGAGAUAUCCUAGUUUAUGUGAGAAUGUUCCAGUGGGUUUUGAAGGUAAACAUCUCUGAGUGGGCUUCUGGGAUGUUUCUGGAUUUAGUUCAUAUAAACUAAGCAGAUCAUGCCUCUUGCCAGUCAUUGCCACUAGAUGGCAGUAGAACAUUGCUGGUUUUGGAAUUUGAGCUGAUGGGACAAAUGGAAAAGCCAAGUAUUUCCAGGCCUCCUUGCUUACAGGCUACCCUUUCCAGCCAUUAAUGUCCCUCCUCUCUCCCUCUCCACCCUCCUCUGUGUUGUGCACACAUUCAGAGGCAAAAAAAUUGAGUAAAACUUAAAAGUGAAAUAUUUAGAAUAAAAGGACGUUUUGCUUUUUAAUAUUUCAAGUGACAUCGAGAAUUUCAGAAUAUUUUCCUGUUUUGCUUUUUGUUGUCUUCAUAUUAGAGAAAAUUUACUCAAUCGUCAGUUCUUUCAUAGUAUGAAAAUGUGGCGUUACUCGAGGCAUUUAUUAAAAACAGGCAGUGGGGAUUUAAAAAAAAAAAAAAAAAGCUCACAUGCCUUCCUAAAGAAGUAAUGUUCAGGGA